AUGGCCUCUCCCCCCACCAACGACAACGUCGCCCACGCCCUCGCCGGCGCCGGCGGCGGCAUUCUCUCCAUGGCGCUCACCUACCCGCUCAUCACCCUCUCGACCCGCGCCCAGGUCGAGUCGAGGAAGACGGACGCCAAGUUCGUCGAGGCCGUCCGGCACAUCGUCGCCCGCGAAGGCGUCGCCGGCCUCUACGCCGGCAUCAACUCGGCCCUCUUCGGCAUCAGCGUCACCAACUUUGUCUACUACUACUGGUACGAGUGGACUCGCGCCUUUUUCGAAAGGGCCCGCGCCAGCAAGAAGCUCUCGACCGUCCAGUCCAUGAUCGCCGGCGCCAUCGCCGGCUCCGCCACCGUCAUCAUCACGAACCCCAUCUGGGUCGUCAACACCCGCAUCACCACCCGCAAGCAGCACGCCGACGCCGAGGCCCGCGCCGACCUCGAGUCCGCCUCCGCCGCCAAGUCCAAGGCCCCCUCCACCGUGGCCACCUUCAUGGCCCUGCUCAAGAACGAGGGUCCCCAGGCCCUCUUCGCCGGCGUCCUUCCCGCCCUCGUCCUCGUCAUCAACCCGAUCCUGCAGUACACCCUCUUCGAGCAGAUGAAGAACUGGGUCGAGAAGAAGCGCAAGGUCACGCCCGCCAUCGCCUUCUUCCUCGGCGCCCUCGGCAAGCUGUUCGCCACCUCCAUCACCUACCCCUACAUCACCGUCAAGAGCCGGAUGCAUGUCGCCUCCCACUCGCCCAAGAAGGAGGGCAUGUCGCAGACCCUGAGCCGUCUCAUCCGAGAGGAGGGCUACGCCGGCCUGUACAAGGGCAUCGGCCCCAAGGUCACCCAAAGUGUCCUGACGGCCGCUUUCCUUUUCGCCUUCAAGGAUGUGCUCUACGAGCAGACCGUCAAGCUUCGCCAGAUCCGCAAGCGCACGUAA